UAAUAAGACCCCACAGUUUUAUAUAUUCAGGCAAAAACAAAACAAACGCCUCCACUAGCCCACCAUCUUCCUUGAGUAAUCUCUCUUUGAGAUCUUCCCACAACUUUCAAUGGAAGACUACAACAGAUCAAGGUCAUAUGGUACUGGGAUGAUGCAGUUAGAUACCUACCAUGGGGUGCCACCUAGGCCUUCUUCAGGUUAUGAGCUCAGGUCCUAUAGUGUUUCCUAUGCACAGUCUCAGAUGGCUAACAACAGGGACUUCAAGUUGAAGAAAGGGAAGAGCACUUCUGCUUCAUCUUCAAAAUCAUGGAGCUUUGCUGACCCUGAGUUCCAACGGAAGAAAAGGGUUGCUAGCUACAAGAUGUACAGUGUUGAAGGUAAGGUCAAAGGGUCCUUGAGGAGAAGCUUUAGGUGGCUUAAAGUGAAGUACACACAAGUCGUUUAUGGGUGGUGGUGAUUAUGGCAGCUUUUGUCCAUCUUUUGCUUAUCUUUGCUUGUAUCCAAGGUAUGUUGUGAAAGAGAAAGAAACAGUUUGAAUUUUAAAAAAGGAAGGCUUAUGAUAAAA